GACGAGACUCCAACACGUCCCCGACCUCAGUUAUUGCGACAUGACAUUGACGGAGCCGUCUUUGACGAUCCAGCCACCCAAACAGCCACUUCAACACGCUCAACAUCCUCUUUCACUGCAGUUCUGGCAAGCAGAGCAACUUUUUCAGCUCCCAUAACGGCUCAACAAGCCCCGACAGACACCUCACAUUCCACGACGCGAUCGCGCAGUACAUCUCCCACGAAGCGAUUCCAAAAGACGGUCGGCCUGUUAAACCUGGUGCGACCCGUUCGUUUCACAAAAGAGCGUGAUCUUGGAAGGCAUUCGGAUUUUCGGGAUACAAGAAUUCGCGGCUUCAUGUGUAAAUCCACACAAGCCUCUGAUGAAUCUAAUGCGGACAACGAGGCAGCACUGUUUGACAAUCAUGCACACCGAGGAAUUGAUAACGAUUCCAUUGCUUCAUCCGAUCUCCAUCGAUGCGAAGCCGCUUGGAACCGCCUCGUCCACACACCACUUCUACGGCGUGCAACCUCUCGUUUUGCUUUUAUUGAAGUCGAGCCCAUUGCCUCAGCCCAGAUCAUGCCAGCGUUUCGUCCUUUGUCAAAGACUGGUGAUCAGACCCCAUCCCAACCGUCCAACACCAGGGUAUCCAGCGCAAGCAGUGCGUCUGAGCAGGAUUUGAGAACGCCACAGACUCGGCCGAGUGCUGUUGCAUGGUCAGUCCAUAAGAUGGUUGACUUUGCCGUCGUGCUUCGUGCCGAAAAGGAGCUUCAGAAUCUCAUUGACACUUUUUUGGACAAGCAGCCGUACACAAUGGCUACCAUCAACCAAACUAUAUAUGAGCCUCUACGCAUCCGGCCAGCUUCUAUCUUCAUCGAGACCAAGACCUCACCCGGCAACAUGGACACUGCCAAUGUUCAGCUUGGUGUCUGGGUCGCUGCGUGGCAUGAGCACAAGAUCAUCACGAUCCCCGUCAUUCAGGUAGUCGGUCGUGUCUGGACCCUCCUAUUUGUCAUGGAUGCAGGCGCGGAAAUUUAUCUAACAAUGGAAAAUAGCGCGUGCUGGAUGGGGAACUUUCGGAUAGGUGAUACCGACAGCAUUUUUGGCAUUUACCAGUUGCAAGCUGCCAUGUUCGUGCUUGCCGACUGGACCAAGGACACAUUUGAGCCCUGGUUUACUGCCCUUCUGACUCGCGCAACUGGAUCACAGCUCUAGUAGUGACGAAAAGAACCAGCGUCAAUUAACAAGCGAAAGAGAUGUUCAAGUCGGAGGAUGCUCUGGAUAACAAACAGCCUACGACUUCAACCAGGAAAACUCAGAGAGCUCCACGCCAAUCGCUGGACAAGGAUGACAACGCCUUAAUCACCC